AUGGUCGUGUUUUGCACAUCAAGAUACGCGGGUGAAUUUUGCCAGCAUUUGAACCCUUGUCACAGCGAGUCAAGUCCUCGUUGUCAAAAUGGGGGCUCUUGCAGAGUGAGACCUGGGGCUAGCGGUGGUCCUCCAUCGUUCGCCUGCGAUUGUCCCUUGGGGUUCAGUGCGUCUUUGUGUGAGAUUCGCGUACCAGCAGCGUGUGAUUCAGCGCCUUGUCUGAAUGGAGCAACGUGUCGACUGACUUCACUGCAUAGCUAUGAGUGUGAUUGCCCGCCUGGGUAUACCGGUGAAGAGUGCUCCCACGAAGACCACUGUGCAUCGCAACCCUGUCGAAACGGAGGCCGUUGCGUUGCUGACAAUACAACGGCGGCUGGGUACUCUUGCGUCUGUCCUCCUGGCUUCACCGGCUCGCGAUGUACUGAAGACGUCGUCGAAUGUUCAAGCGGCUCUGGUCCCUGUCACCAUGGGCGAUGCUUCAACACCCACGGGUCGUAUACCUGUGUUUGUGAGCCGGGGUAUACGGGGAGGGACUGUGAUGCUGAAUACGUUCCUUGUGAACCGUCACCAUGCCUGCACGGAGGAAGAUGCACGCCAUUGGAUCAACUAAGAUAUGAGUGUGAUUGUCCUUCGGGUUACCGUGGGCAGAACUGCGAGAUUGAUAUUGACGACUGCCCGGGACAUUUGUGCCAAAAUGGCGCAACGUGUCUCGAUGGACUGAACUCGUACACCUGCGAAUGUCCUCCAACGUUUUCGGGAACACUGUGCGAGACUGAUGUGGACGAGUGUGCUUUGAGACCUUUAGUCUGUCAGAACGGCGCCACCUGCACCAACACAGUCGGAGGCUUCUCCUGCAUCUGCGUCAACGGGUGGACGGGUCCCGAGUGCUCAGUGAACAUAGAUGACUGCGCAGGCGCCGCGUGCUUCAAUGGCGCAACAUGCAUUGACCGGGUUGGCGCGUUCUACUGCAAGUGUACGCCUGGAAAAACUGGUCUUCUCUGCCACUUGGACGAUGCCUGCACAUCAAACCCGUGUCACGCUGACGCGAUCUGUGACACAAGUCCCAUUAAUGGCUCAUACACUUGCUCUUGCGCAUCUGGUUAUAAGGGUCUCGAUUGUUCAGAGGAUAUUGAUGAGUGCGAACAGGGUUCUCCAUGCGAGCACGAUGGCAUCUGUGUCAACACUCCCGGUUCGUUCGCCUGCAACUGUUCUGUAGGUUUCACGGGACCAAGAUGUGAAACCAAUGUUAAUGAAUGUGAGAGCCACCCAUGUAGGAACGAGGGAUCCUGUCUGGACGAUCCAGGAACUUUCAGAUGCGUGUGUAUGCCUGGUAACAGGGUGGUCCUGGUGGUUAGCCGACUCACAUGUACGAUCCUGAUGUACCAUGGACUUAAUGCAUUUAGGCGAGAACCCCACACUUUAUCCUGUACUUGUGUUAUUGGUUUCACGGGCGCGCGUUGUCAAGUCAACAUAGACGAUUGUGCAUCCAGCCCUUGUCGGAAUGGAGGCACUUGUCAUGACUCCAUCGCUGGCUAUACUUGCGAAUGUCCACCUGGAUAUACUGGCAUGUCCUGUGAGACGAACAUCAAUGACUGCUUAUCAGCACCGUGCCACCGUGGUGAAUGUAUUGAUGGAGACAACAGCUUCACAUGCAACUGCCACCCUGGGUACACUGGCCGAGUAUGUCAGACCCAGAUCAACGAGUGCGAGUCGAAUCCGUGUCAAUUUGGAGGCCAUUGCGAGGAUCUAAUAGACGGCUACCAAUGCCGAUGUAAGCCGGGUACUUCUGGGCGUAAUUGCGAGAUCAACGUAAACGAAUGUUACUCCAACCCUUGCAGAAACGGAGCCACAUGCAUCGAUGGAAUUAAUAGGUAUACAUGUGAAUGUAUCCCGGGUUUCACCGGACAACACUGCGAGACCAACAUCAACGAAUGUUUGUCCAACCCAUGCGCAAACGGCGGCAAAUGCAUAGAUCGCAUCAAUGGUUUCCGUUGCGAAUGCCCAAGAGGAUACUAUGACGCGAGAUGCCUGUCAGAUGUCAACGAAUGCGCGUCCAACCCUUGUAUCAACGGUGGAACUUGUGAAGAUGGAGUUAAUCAGUUCAUUUGUCAUUGUCUACCGGGAUAUGGAGGUCAACGUUGUGAACGAGAUAUAGACGAAUGCAGCUCCAACCCAUGCCAACAUGGCGGAACUUGCCACGACAGACUUAAUGCAUACAAAUGCGAUUGUGUUCUUGGAUUUAAUGGUGUGAAUUGCGAAACAAACAUCGAUGAUUGCGCUGGCAAUCCAUGUCUGCACGGCGGCUCUUGUAUCGACCUCGUCAACGGAUAUCGCUGCGUGUGCGCACCACCACAUUCCGGACGAAACUGCGAGAAUACACUAGAUCCUUGUCAACCAAACCAAUGUCGUCACGGCGGUAGAUGUGUAGCAGAGGCGUCGUACGCUGAAUUCACUUGCCAAUGUCCGGUCGGUUGGACGGGCGCACUCUGCGAACGGGACGUUGACGAGUGUAUGGUGACGGCCCCGUGCCAUAACGAAGCCACGUGUAUCAACACUGAAGGCUCUUACGCCUGCUUAUGUGCGAGAGGCUACGAGGGAAAGGAUUGCGCGAUUAAUACGGACGACUGUGCUUCUUUCCCCUGUCAAAACGGUGCGACGUGCCUGGACAGUAUUGGCGAUUACAACUGCGUAUGCGCAAGUGGGUUUGCGGGGAAACACUGCGAGAUUGAUGUUGAUGAGUGUCAGUCACGACCUUGUAUGAAUGGCGCUACGUGUAACCAAUACGUCGCAUCCUAUACCUGCACCUGUCGACUGGGUUUCUCCGGAAUCAACUGUCAAACGAACGACGAGGAUUGCACAGACUCAAGUUGCAUGAACGGCGGGUCUUGUAUUGACGGCAUUAACUCUUACAAUUGCUCUUGUCCACCUGGGUACACCGGAUCUAAUUGCCAGUUCCGUAUAAAUAUGUGCGAUAGCUCUCCUUGCGAUAACGGCGCAACCUGUCACGACCACGUCACUUACUACACUUGCCACUGUCCCUAUGGAUACACUGGGAAACACUGCGACACUUACGUCGACUGGUGUGAGAACAAUCCCUGUGAAAAUGGCGCGACAUGUUCGCAAAAAGGACCGCAAUAUACGUGCACGUGUGCGCCCGGAUGGUCCGGAAAACUUUGUGACGUCGAAAUGGUAUCCUGCAAAGACGCUAGCUUACGGAAAGGUGUCAAGCUGAAGCAACUAUGUAAUAACGGCUCAUGCGAGGACAUAGGAAACUCCCAUCGCUGUCACUGCUUAGAUGGUUACACGGGUUCCUACUGUCAAAAGGAAAUAAACGAGUGCGAAUCAGCUCCAUGUCAGAACGGAGCGCAAUGUAAGGACUUAGUCGGAACAUACCAGUGUCAAUGUGCCAAAGGAUUCCAAGGACAGAACUGCGAAUUGAACGUUAAUGACUGCCUUCCGAACCCGUGCCAGAACGGUGGAACUUGCCAUGAUCUCAUCAACAACUUUUCUUGCUCCUGUCCGUUUGGUACUCUCGGAAAAAUCUGUGAAAUCAACGUCAACGAUUGCACGCAGGACGCCUGUCACAACAAUGGCACCUGUGUAGACAAAGUAGGCGGCUUCGAAUGUAAAUGCCCGGCCGGGUUCGUUGGUCCCAGGUGUGAGGGAGACAUCAACGAAUGCUUGUCGAACCCGUGCUCGAAUCCUGGAACACAGGAUUGCGUACAAUUAAUUAAUGAUUACCACUGCAAUUGUAAACCAGGUUAUAUGGGUAGACACUGUGACGCUAAAGUUAACUUUUGCGCCAAUUCUCCUUGUCAGAAUGGAGGGAUAUGUACCGCGAUCCAAGGGGGACAUGAAUGCCUAUGCAGCGAUGGUUUCUACGGCAAGAACUGCGAAUAUUCCGGCUACGCUUGCGAUUCUAACCCUUGCCAAAACGGCGGCUACUGUCGAACAUCCGAGAUUGGGGAUUACGUGUGCGAUUGUCCUUCGGGCCUAUCCGGUGUCAAUUGUGAAAUUGAUUCUAUGAAUGAUUGCCUCAGCAACCCUUGUAAACACCCCGAAGCGCGUUGUAUUGAUAAACCUGGAGAUUACUUGUGCUAUUGCCCAAGGCAGUGGACCGGAAAAACUUGCGACAUUCACGACCCUCACUCGAGAGGUGGUUACGGAAGCCCAGUGACGGGGGUCUACGGUCAAAGCCCUUCUUUGACUCUACAAGAGUUAGAUCUAGCUUUCCAAAGAGAACAAUGUGUAAAAAUGGGCUGUAAAGAGAAACAAAGUGAUCAUCACUGCGAUGAAGAAUGCAACACUUUUGCGUGUGAAUUUGACGGAAACGAUUGCUCUCUCGGUAUAAACCCGUGGGCUAAUUGCACUGCCCCAAUCAAAUGUUGGGAAGUUUUCAUGAACGGAGAAUGUAACGAGGUCUGUAACACCCAAGCCUGCUUGUUCGAUGGAAGAGAUUGUGAAAAAUCACUUCAGAAAUGUAACCCGAUUUACGAUGCGUACUGUCAGAAGCACUAUGCAAACGGACACUGUGACUACGGCUGUAAUAACGCUGAAUGUAACUGGGAUGGAUUGGACUGCGAGAACGAACCGCCAGAUUUAGCUGAAGGUGUUAUUUCCGUGAUUCUCCUAAUGGAUAUGAGAACGUUCAAAGAGAACUCUGUUGCCUUCCUCCGGGAUUUAGGUCAUCAGCUUCGUACUACAAUUCUGAUUAAGAAAGAUCAUCUCGGAAACGACAUGGUGUAUCCCUGGAAGGGCUCGACAGAUGUCGGUUUACAAGACACAGAAUUUGGAAAAAAACAUCACAUCGUUUUUACCGAGAGAGGACAGUCUGGAGUGCAAGUGUAUUUGGAGAUCGAUAACAGAAAGUGUACGACACUUUCCAGUUCUGAGUGUUUCUUCUCAGCGCGUGAGGCCGCCGACUUCUUGGCAGCCACAGCGUCUAAACAUUCCUUGUCUUCAGACUUCCCAAUCUACCAAGUGAAGGGCGUUCCUUCAAUAAUAAACCCGGAUCUACCUACGAAUUCUAAAUACGUAUUUAUCGGCGUAAUUUUAGUCCUUUUAGCUGGUUUGUUAAUUGGUGUCUUAGUAACAGCCCAAAGAAAGCGUAUGCAAGGCGUAACAUGGUUCCCAGAAGGAUUCAUGACGAACAGCUCAUCCUCCCGUCGGCGAUCCAGACGACGAGGUCCCGAUGGUCAGGAAAUGAGAAACUUAAAUAAGGGCUCCAUGGGAUGUAUCGAUGUUGACAUAAAUGGGGGUCACAUGGUGCCGCCACACUGGUCUGAUGAGGAUGAUGACGGAGCUCCGCCGAGGGCUAAACGAGCUCGUGGACCAGGAGACUCUGCCGCUCCAGGAGGCUAUGCAUCAGAUCACACAGCCAUCACGGAUUAUGAAGAAGCAACUCAUGAUCCAGGCAGAGUUUGGAGUCAGCAACAUUUGGACGCAGCGGAUAUUAGAGUUCCUCCUAGCAUGAUGACUCCGCCAGCUAUCCACGACGGACACGUAGACGUAAACGCCCGUGGCCCUCUCGGCAUGACUCCAUUGAUGGUGGCCGCUAUCCGUGGUGGAGGUCUGGAUACUGGAUCUGAUGUCGAAGAUGAACAGACGGCUCACAUCAUUUCCGAGCUUGUGGCCCAGGGAGCUCAACUAAACGCUGCCAUGGAUAAGACUGGGGAGACCAGCUUGCAUCUUGCUGCUAGAUACGCUCGCGCAGACGCAGCAAAACGUCUCCUCGACGCAGGCGCAGACGCAAACUCACAAGACAACACCGGAAGGACGCCAUUGCACUCCGCUGUCGCAGCUGAUGCCAUGGGAGUAUUCCAGAUUCUGCUACGAAACAGGGCUACCAACCUUAAUGCCAGAAUGCACGAUGGAACUACUCCGCUGAUUUUGGCUGCAAGGCUGGCAAUUGAAGGCAUGGUGGAAGAUUUGAUAAACGCAGAUGCGGACAUAAAUGCGGCAGACAACAGUGGAAAGACAGCGCUGCACUGGGCGGCCGCGGUCAAUAAUGUUGAUGCUGUCAAUGUGCUGCUGGUACAUGGAGCCAAUAGAGACGCUCAAGACGAUAAGGAUGAGACGCCUCUAUUCCUUGGAGCCCGCGAAGGCUCCUACGGCGCCUGCAAAGCCUUACUUGACGCGAUGGCGAAUAGAGAAAUAACGGACCACAUGGAUCGACUGCCAAGAGACGUCGCGCAAGAGAGAAUGCAUGAUGACAUUGUCCGGUUAUUGGACGAACACUGUCCGAGACCGCAGCAUCAUCAUCUCAUGUCAUCACCCAACCCUCACCCACAACUGAUCAGUCAGCCAACAGUGAUCAGCUCUUCAGCGGCAAAGGGCAAGCCGAAGAAGGCCCGAGCAAAAGCAGGGCCCGACAGUCCUCAAGACCAAUACGACACAAAUUUACAGGCGUCCCAAAUUAGACGGAAGCCGAGUGUAAAAAAGAGCAAUAAGAAAGUUGCACAAGAGGUCCCACAAAGCGUGGAGUCCCUGCGAUUCAGUUUGAGUCCUGUCGAGUCUCCACUACAAAAUUUACAGGAUCUCCCGUCGCCAUACGACGCGACAUCGCUGUAUUCCAACGCGAUGGCCCAAUACCCCGGAAUGGAGCAACUAGUACAUCAUAAACAGCCGCCAAGCUAUGAGGACUGUGUUAAGUCUGGAGGCGCCCUGCAAUUCGGGAGUAGUGCGGGCGCAUCUCUUUCUCCGCCAUAUUCGAACCAUUCGCCUGCCCACAGUAACCAGACCACAUCGCCACACGCAUAUAUAGGUUCCCCUUCUCCCGGUAAGUCCCGGCCGUCCCUCCCGACGUCUCCCGCCCACAUGGCGGCCAUGAGGCACCAUCACCAACAUCAGUUAGACGCCGCGGCGUAUUCGGCGCUUGCGCAUCUCAGUGCAAAUGGACAACACAACGCACAGCUCCAGGCGGUGAUGACGCAUGCAGCGGCUCUGUCGCACGCGCAGGCCGCACAUCAUCCCGCCAUCACCAAUAUUAUGUCCGGUCUCUACGGCAGUUGGGGUAUGGGGGACACAUUCCCGACCCCUUCACCCGAGUCUCCCGAUCAUUGGUCGACUCCUUCCCCCCAAACCCCACUCACGCAGUCCCCUCACUCGGACUGGUCUGAUCGAGCAGCGCUCUCGCCUAACGACAUGCAACAAUCUAAUAAGGGUGCGACGGAAGCCAUUUACAUUUAA